UCCAUAGCAACUGUUGCGGAGUCACUAAAUGGCCGUUGAUAAACUUUAAACACUGAGGAGGAAGGAAAAUACGCCAACUACUCGCUAAAACUUUUUGUUAACCAAAGGAUUUCCCUUUUAUAAGCUUGAAGACGCUGCACAUUAUAUUUAACGCGACGUCGGAUGACGGCAGUGAUUUUAAAUGAGUUUGUGAACAAGAUAGUAUGGACAAAAAAGGUGAGGACCGUCUUUAUGGGUCUGGUAUGUUUCUUCCUCACCCUCCAAAUGAGCCCAGAGCGGGUCAGAGGGGUAAACUGCCCCCUUUAAGGGGCAUCUACUCUGAGCUCAUAACCACGUCAGGCAAAAGUUCACAACAGUCUUAUACACAGGGUCUGGUGACCCAGCAGAGUUUACUGUGCCAGGCAGUUUACGAAUCCAACACCCACAAAGCAGCGGCAAUCAAGUCAUCUCAAGACCUGCACAGUGUUUCAGAAAAGGAUUGGUAUGGGCCAUCCACACAACACCCACAUGAAACAGACUUUCACUCUGGAAGUUAUACCCCAAAAGUUCAGCUGCCUUAUACUGGCCUCCCCGGACAAGUGCCCCGUAAAAUUGAGAUUGAAAGGCGUAGGAGGGAGUAUCAGAAGUUAGAUAUCACCCACCUUCUAGCUAGACACGGCAUUGAAUCUCACCAGCUGAUGCCCAGAAAACAGACGAGUGCAGAGACAGGCCCAGAAAACAUAAGUCUACCUGUUUCAAACUGGCUGCCUCUUGAGAUAUUUGACAACGAGGAGUUCGACUUUCGGACCGCAGAGGAAUGGCUAGCUUUAGGUUACGAGGAGGGCUCCAGUGACCGCAAACCUGUACCUGCCAAAGCACUGCUACCGACAACAACCUCUAUCCCAUCUGUGGAUCUAAAGAGCCCAAAUCUGGAGUAUUCCUGGCAGUCGGUUGGGGUUCUAGAAUACAGUCAGGAAGAGAAAGAGUAUCUGGUACAAAAAGCAGACCAGAAUGGACGUGUUCGAGAUUGCGAAGGAAAGCCCAUUGUGAAUGGAGGAAAGAGAACAAGAGGAGUUUUAUUACUGCAGGAUGGUCAGUACUGGGUACCAAGGAUCAGGCUGCUUUUCUGUGCAGAAGACCCACGUGUCUUUGCCCAGAGAGUCCAGUACGCCCAAAACUGGAGACAGGACACAGAAGCCUCACUUCUGUACCACCUUUCCAUUGACUGUAUGCCAGUUUGGAGUGGCAGCCCCACCCUCAACCACAAAAGUCUUGAACACAUCAAAACAUAUGCACUCUCCACAUCGGGCCUUCAACUUAAGCUUCUGCAGGAGUGCGAGAAACAGCUGGAGAGGGAGCUUCAUUUGGACUACAGUCGCACUAUGAACCAGAUGUGCUUUGACAAGGUGGUACAGGAGAAUCCAGAGGAGUUCUCCUAUAUCACACUUCCAAAGAAAGAACCAGAGAGAGUUCCUGACAGAGGUUUAGUGUCAGUUCCUGACUAUCCAUUUGAUAAGAACCGGAAAGCAUUUGUCUUCAAUUCUUUGCUCACCAAACCUGAGGUAAUCGCCGUGCUGUCAAACGUGAGAAAAGAGUGCAACCGGGUGGCAGACAUGAGCUUGUUCCGCAUCACAUUCACAAAACCUCUUCGCCUGGAAGAGUUUGAUUCUUCACAGUCUCAGAAACGUGCAAAGGUCCAUCUGUUCCUGCAAGACACGUGGUUGACAGCUCUACGUAAGGGGAUUUUGUCUGACCUGAGCGAUGUGGGCCAUGGCUGGUACAAUCUCACCGUGUCACGCUGGGAUGUUUACUCCAUGUCUAAACUGUGCCGUCUGAUGGCGCUGGUGCGCUGCAUCCAGCACGACUCGAUUAGGUUCCUGGUGCAAGGAUCUCUUGCGACUCUGGCCAAAUUACUUCUUGAUGCUUGCCACAGUACCAUACGCUGCACCGAAGAUCUCACCUGGGGUUCUGAUCUUAAAAACAGCCCAUACAAGCCAAAAAAUAAACCCUUGUUCUCAGUUGAACUGGUGCUGGACCAAACCGGUGUUCGUUAUAGCACUCCUCUAGAGAGCUUUGAGACCUCGGUUAUUGAUGUGUUCGAUAAAGGGAUCCUGUCCACACACAAACUGCCUCAGCUAGACAAGUCUGUGCUUAAGAACUUGUUUAUUGUUGGUGAUCCUGUGUUGGAGUCUGUGGGUUUGUGGGAACCUGAAGUCAAGAAUCUGAGAGAGAGCAUCAGUUUGGCACUGAGACAGGCCAUCAUACCCCUCAGAGCCUACGCCCAUGAAUAUACCUGCCACCUUGAGCUCCACAACUCUGACAUCAAAACAUUUCUUGAGUUGCACAGUCAGGAGAACCAGACUCCUCAGGAGGUGAAGCAGGAAGUUUUGGGGCACUUGAAAGAGAUGCAACAUCUGAAUCAGUCCAUCCCCUCAACCAUCAUCAUCGGACCUUUCGCGGUCAGCGUGGAGGCGGUUCGGCAAAGUCUGGUGAAGAAACGAAAAGCCCUCGCGAAUGCCGUGCUCGACAAACUCGCCCUGAGACUGCGUCAACAAAUGCAGGAUGCAUGUAAGGAGUGUAAAGCCAUCAGCAAAAAGCUGUUUGAGAAGCCCAGCAGCAUUGAGGAGCUCACAGAACUGAGAGAAUGGAUGAAACUGAUUCCUGAACAGCUCAAAGUUCAUCAAGAGCUUUUAUCCAAAGCUAUGUCAGAUUAUGAUCUUAUAGAUGAGUUCUUCUACAGUCUCUCUAAUGAGGAUGUCAACGAGAAAUGGACAGCUAUGGCGUGGCCGUGUAAGAUCCUGAGCCAGAUGGAGACAGUAAGAGUCCAGCAUGCUGAAGAAGAAGAACGCUUCCAGAAGAUACAGCUGGCUGACCAAAACAUCUUCAUGGAACGCUUGAGCUUCCUGCAGACGGUGGUGGCUGGAUUUGCCGCUCACACAAACACUGGCCGAGCACACGAGGUGGCCAAUGAGGUGCGGCGAGUGGACAAGCAGCUAAAGGAGUGUCAGGAAAUGGCACAGCUUUACAACAAUCGAGAACGACACUUUGGAAAACCUGUAACAAAUUACACUGAGUUGCAGAAGCUGAAUCGAGAAUUUCAGCCAUUUCAUGAUCUGUGGAAGAUGACAUCUGAUUGGCUGCGCUGGCAUGAAAGCUGGCUCAACGACCCGCUGUCAGCCAUCAACCCAGAGCAGCUGGAGCAUAAUGUCAAUGACGCUUACAAGACCAUGCACCAGUGUGUCAAACAUUUUAAAGACAUUCCUGCCUGUCAGGAAGUGGCAGCUGAAAUGCGGGCCAAGAUUGAAGACUUUCGUCCCUUCGUUCCUCUGAUCCGGGGCCUGAGGAAUCCUGGCAUGCGAAGCCGCCACUGGGAGCUUCUAUCAGAACGCAUUAACAACAAUGUGAAGCUUAAUGCAAACCUCACAUUUUCCCAUUGUCUGGAGUUGGGCCUCCAAGACCACAUUGAGGAAAUCACGCAUGUGGCCCAAGAGGCUGGAAAAGAAUUUGCUAUAGAGCAGGCUCUGAACAAGAUGGAGGAAGAUUGGUCAACAGUGAUGUUUGAGGUGAUGCCAUAUAAGGAGACAGGCACAUACAUCUUGAAGAGCCCAGAUGAAGCAUCUCAGCUCCUGGAUGACCACAUUGUCAUGACCCAGAGUAUGACCUUCUCCCCUUAUAAAAAACCCUUUGAGGAGAGAAUUAGUAAAUGGGAGAGUAAAUUAAGAAUGACACAGGAUGUUUUAGAGGAAUGGCUGACCUGUCAGCGCUCAUGGCUGUACAUGGAGCCCAUCUUUAGCUCUGAUGACAUCAACCGUCAGCUGCCCGUGGAGGGAAAGAGGUACCAGACCAUGGAGUGGACCUGGAGGAAGAUCAUGAAUGCUGCUUAUGAAAAUAAACAGGUGAUGUCCAUAUGUCCUGAUGCACGCCUGUUGACCAGCCUCAAAGACUGUAACAGUUCACUGGAGCUGGUGCAGAAAGGAUUGAGCGAAUACCUGGAGACCAAACGCAGCGCCUUCCCCAGGUUUUACUUUUUAUCAGAUGAUGAGUUACUGGAGAUCCUGUCUCAGACUACAGACCCAACAGCAGUGCAGCCACAUCUCCGUAAAUGCUUUGAAAACGUUGCCAGGCUUCAAUUUCAAUCAGAUCAGCUAAUCACGCACAUGUACUCUGCUGAGGGAGAAGUCGUGCAGUUAGUCGUCCCAGUGUCCCCAUCUGGGAACGUGGAGAACUGGUUGCGUGAAGUGGAAGAGUCCAUGAAGGCCAGCGUGAGAGACAACAUCAGCCGCUCGCUGCAAGCAUACGUUGAGGUUAAUAAUCCUCGUACAGACUGGGUGUUGUCCUGGCCCGGUCAAGUGGUGAUCGCCGGCUGUCAGACGUUUUGGACCCAAGAGGUGUCAGAGUCUCUGGAGAAAGGAGACCUGGCUGAUAGACUUUACCCCCAGUUACAGACACAGCUGGGAGAUUUGGUACAGCUGGUGCGAGGUCGCCUGUCCAAGAUGCAGCGUGCUGUGCUGUCUGCCCUCAUCGUGAUUGAGGUUCAUGCCAAAGAUGUGGCUGCCAAACUGGUGGAGGAAAAAGUUUGCAGCGUCAAUGACUUUGAGUGGAUAAGUCAGCUGAGAUAUUACUGGCGUGAUGACUUGUAUAUCAGAGCGGUGAAUGCCGAGUUCUUGUAUGGUUACGAGUACCUGGGUAACUCAGGAAGACUGGUUAUCACUCCACUAACCGAUAGGUGCUAUCUUACCCUAACUGGUGCACUUCACUUAAAGUUUGGUGGCGCCCCAGCAGGCCCUGCAGGCACUGGGAAGACAGAGACCACUAAAGAUCUUGGCAAAGCUCUGGCUAUCCAGACUGUGGUCUUUAACUGCUCCGAUCAGUUGGACUUUAUGGCCAUGGGAAAGUUCCUCAAAGGCCUGGCUAGUUCAGGGGCAUGGGCCUGCUUUGAUGAAUUCAACCGAAUCGACGUGGAGGUUUUGUCAGUCGUGGCACAACAGAUCACCACCAUACAAAAAGCCCAACAGCAGAGAGUGAAGACGUUUGUGUUUGAAGGAGUGGAAAUUCCUCUUGUUUCAUCCUGUGCUGUCUUUAUCACUAUGAACCCUGGGUAUGCGGGCCGAACUGAACUUCCGGACAAUUUAAAGGCCCUCUUCCGUCCUGUGGCUAUGAUGAUACCUGACUACGCUAUGAUAGCAGAGAUCUCUCUUUACUCUUUCGGCUUCAGCGAUGCCAAAGUCCUGUCUAAAAAAAUUACCAGCACCUUCAAGCUGUCUUCAGAACAGCUCAGCUCACAGGAUCACUAUGACUUUGGGAUGAGAGCUGUUAAAACUGUGAUCUCCGCAGCUGGAAACCUGAAAAGAGAAAACCCUGAUAUGAAUGAGGAGCUGAUAUGCCUGCGGGCCAUCAGGGACGUCAACGUACCGAAGUUCCUCCAGGAUGAUCUCAAGCUCUUCAAUGGCAUUGUGUCCGAUCUCUUUCCCAAUAUCCGUGAGGAGCCAAUUGACUACGGGUCCCUGGAAGAGUCCAUCAGAAAUGUGUGUGCAAACAAGUGUCUUAAAGAUGUGGAUGGCUACAUAACCAAAUGUAUUCAAUUGUACGAGACCACUGUAGUCAGACACGGUCUCAUGCUGGUCGGACCAUCAGGCUCUGGGAAAACUAAGUGUUAUGAGGUUUUGGGAGCGGCCAUGACGGCCCUGAAAGGCCAGCCCUCAGUUAGUGGAGGGGUCUAUGAGACUGUACACACAUAUGUGCUCAACCCAAAGUCCAUCACCAUGGGGCAGCUUUACGGAGAGUUCGACCAGCUCACUCAUGAGUGGACAGAUGGUAUAUUGCCAAGUCUGAUUCGGGCUGGAGCUUCAGCCAUGGACCAGGAGAGGAAAUGGUACAUGUUUGAUGGGCCGGUGGAUGCUGUGUGGAUCGAGAACAUGAACACAGUUUUGGAUGACAACAAGAAACUUUGCCUGAGUUCAGGAGAGAUCAUCAAACUCACUGAUGUGAUGACGAUGAUGUUCGAGGUGCAGGACCUGGCUGUGGCGUCUCCUGCUACAGUUUCUCGCUGUGGUAUGGUCUAUCUCGAGCCCAGUAUUCUAGGUUUGGCCCCGUUCACAGAGUGUUGGCUUCGAAACAUCCCUGCCAUUUUUCAACCCUACAGAGAUCUACUUGACUCUCUCUUCAAGAAGUUUUUACAGGACUCCAUACGAUUUGUGCGUGAGUCAGUGAAGGAGGUGAUCACCUCAAUGGACAGCAAUCUCACCUGCUCUCUGCUCCGACUGCUGGACUGUUUUUUCCAGCCCUUCAUCCCACAAGAGGGCAAGAGACCCAUAUCCCAGGAGAAACUGUCUCGACUGAAGGAGUUCAUUGAGCCUUGGUUUAUCUUCUCGCUCAUAUGGAGUGUUGGAGCAACAGGUGAUGCUUUCAGCUGCCAACGCUUCAGUGCCUGGCUCAGGAACAAAAUGGUUAAAGAAAAGGUUCAGCUGUGUUUCCCAGAGGAGGGACUUGUGUACGAUUAUCAUUUGGAUGAUGCAGGAAUCAGUCGCUUUGAUGAUGAUGAGGAGGAGAAAGAGGGGAAAGGGAGGAAGAUGCAAUGGGUCAGUUGGAUGAAAUAUGCACAGGAAGUGGUCAUCACCCCAGAAACUAGCUACUCUGACAUCAUUGUUCCCACGGUCGACACUGUUCGCAUGUCCUUCCUGAUAGAUAUGCUGCUGUCUAAUAAGAAGCCUGUGUUGUGCAUCGGGCCAACUGGCACAGGAAAGACUUUAACCUUGUCAGAUAAGCUCCUCAAGAACAUGCCUGCCGAAUACAUCACACACUUCCUGACGUUCUCCGCCCGCACCUCCGCCAACCAGACUCAAGAUUAUAUCGACAGCAAACUCGACAGAAGGCGUAAAGGUGUGUUUGGGCCUCCUUUGGGCAAAUAUUUCAUCUUCUUCAUUGAUGAUCUGAACAUGCCCAUGCUGGAAACAUAUGGAGCCCAGCCUCCGAUUGAACUGCUGCGCCAGUGGAUGGAUCAUGGAGGCUGGUAUGACAGAAAGCAAAUAGGCACAUUUAAAAAUCUUGUUGACAUAAACUUUGCUUGUGCCAUGGGCCCACCUGGUGGUGGCAGAAACCCCAUCACCCAGCGCUUCACACGCCACUUUAACUUCCUGUCAUUCACUGAGAUGGAGGAUGCCAGUAAGAGAAAGAUCUUCUCCACCAUCCUGGGGAAAUGGAUGGAGAAAAGUCCAGAAAUUCAACCGCUUAAUGAACCACUGGUAAAUGCUACCAUCAGGGUUUACUCCACCAUCACAUCUGCUCUGCUACCCACACCUGCCAAGUCCCAUUACACCUUCAACCUCAGAGACCUCUCUAAAGUCUUUCAGGGCAUACUGAUGGCAGAGGCUGCAAAAAUACAGAAUAAAGUCCAGCUCCUUCAGCUUUGGUAUCAUGAGAGCUGUAGGGUGUUUCAGGAUCGACUAGUGAAUGAUGAAGACAGGAGUUGGUUUGACCAGCUACUCCACACUCACAUACAAGAGUUCGGGUGCAAGUUUGAGGAUGUGGUCCCCUACCAGCCACUUCUGUAUGGUGACUUAAUGCUCCCUGGGCCUGUCAAGGUCUACCAACUUAUGGAGGAUAGAGAAAAGUUGUCCCAUGUGAUGGAGGAGUGCAUGGAUGAUUAUAACCAGACCAGCACCACCAAGAUGAAACUGGUGCUGUUCAUGGACGCCAUACAGCAUGUGUGUCGCAUCAGUCGAAUCCUGCGCCAGCCGCUGGGUAACGCCUUACUUUUAGGGGUGGGUGGCAGCGGACGCCAGUCUCUCACCAGACUUGCCACACACAUGGCUGAGUAUGAGUGCUUCCAAAUUGAGCUUUCCAAGAACUAUGGCCUCACAGAAUGGAGAGAGGACAUCAAAAACAUCAUGCUGAAGGCUGGUCUCCAAAAUGUGCAAAUCACUUUCCUGUUUGUAGAUACACAGAUUAAGAGUGAAUCUUUCCUGGAGGAUGUAAAUAACAUCCUGAACUCGGGCGACGUGCCCGGUCUUUACACUACAGAGGAGCAGGAGCGGAUCUUGACUACUAUGAAACCUGUGGUUCAGGACAUGGGCCAACAACCCACCAAAGCCAAUCUCAUGGCUGCCUACCUGAAAAGAGUUCGAAGUAACAUCCACACUGUUCUUUGCAUGAGUCCAGUAGGGGAAGUGUUCAGGGCUCGACUCAGGCAGUUCCCAUCUCUAGUCAACUGUUGCACUAUUGACUGGUUCAGUGCCUGGCCACAGGAUGCGCUACAGUCUGUGGCAACAUCUUUCCUUAAUGAGCUUCCAGAACUGGAGGCCAACCCUACUGCCGUCAAAAGCCUGGCGCUGAUGUGUGUUGAGAUCCAUCAAAUGGUGUCCAGGAGGUGUGAACAGUACCUUGCUGAACUUUCUCGCCACAACUGUGUAACUCCUAAAAGCUACCUGGAGCUUCUCAGCAUAUUUUCAUCUCUGAUUGGCCGUAAAAAGCAGGAGCUACACACCGCUCGGCAGCGAAUGAAAACCGGCCUGGACAAGUUGCUGAGCACAGCAGAAGAUGUGAGCAAGAUGCAGGAAGAGUUGGAGAUGAUGCGACCACAGCUCGAAGAGGCAGCCAAGGACACUGUGGUCACCAUGGAGAAAAUUAAAAAAGACACUGUUGUAGCCGAGGAAACCCGCAUAGCUGUGCAGGCCGAGGAGGCUAAAGCCUCUGAAAAGGCUCUUGUAGCUCAGGCCAUCGCUAGUGAUGCUCAGAAGGAUCUGGACGAAGCACUGCCUGCUCUAGACGCUGCCCUCACCAGCCUUCAAUCACUCAAAAAGAAUGAUGUCGUUGAGGUUAGGGCUCUGCAGAGGCCUCCUCCAGGAGUGAAACUGGUUAUAGAAGCGGUCUGCAUCCUGAAGGGUAUCAAACCGAAGAAGGUUGCAGGAGAGAAGCUUGGAGAGAAGGUUGAUGAUUACUGGGAUGCAGGAAGGAGCCUGCUGCAAGAUCCUGGGAGGUUUCUGGAGAGUCUGUUCAAGUAUGACAAGGACAAUAUCCCAGACUCAGUGAUCAAACAAGUACAGCCCUACAUUGACAAUCCAGAGUUUCAGCCUGCCUCCAUUGCCAAGGUGUCCAAAGCCUGUACCUCCAUCUGUCAGUGGGUGCGAGCAAUGCACGUGUACCAUUUUGUGGCCAGAGCUGUAGAGCCCAAACGGCAAGCUUUGCGAGAGGCUCAGGAGGAUCUGGAGGUAACCCAACGCAUUCUGGAUGAAGCUAAGAAUAAGUUAGCAGCCGUGGAAAAAGGCAUCGCCACACUGGAGGCUAAAUAUCACGAAUGUCUGGCCAAGAGAGAUGAUCUAGAUGCUAAGUGUCAACUGUGUGAGACCAGACUGGUCCGUGCAGAUAAAUUAAUUGGAGGUCUGGCAGAUGAGAAGGUGCGUUGGAGAGAGACCGUGCAACAGCUGGAAUACAUGGUGAAUAACGUAACAGGAGAUGUUCUGUUGGCUGCAGGAUACGUGGCUUAUCUCGGACCUUUCACUGGAGAGUAUCGUUCAGCGAUGGCUGAGGAGUGGAUCAGAGGUUUUAAAGAGCUGCAGGUUCCUCACACAGAACAACCAAACCUGGUCAGCACACUGGGAGACAAAGUCAAGAUCCGCUCCUGGCAGAUUGCCGGCUUGCCCAGGGAUAGUCUGUCUGUGGAGAACGGAGUAAUCGCCCAGUACUCUCAGCGCUGGCCUUUGUUUAUCGAUCCUCAGGGACAGGCAAACAAGUGGAUCAAGAACAUGGAGUGUGAUAACAGAUUAGACGUGAUGAAGCUGAGUGACCGGGACUUCCUGCGUAGUUUAGAAAAUGCUAUUCGCUUUGGGAAACCCUGCUUGCUGGAGAACGUUGGGGAGGAGCUUGACCCUGCAUUGGACCCUGUGCUCCUACGACAGACCUAUAUUCAUGAAGGUAACAGGGUUAUGAAGCUGGGAGACACUGUCAUUCAUUAUCAUGAUGAUUUUAAGAUGUAUAUCACCACCAAGCUGCCCAACCCACGCUACUCACCUGAGAUCUCUACCAAAGUCACUCUGAUCAACUUCACCCUUUCACCCAGUGGUCUUGAGGAUCAACUGCUGGGCCGUCUUGUAGCUGAAGAGAGACCCGAUCUGGAGAGUGCAAAGAAUCAGCUGAUAGUGAGUAAUGCACACAUGAAGCAGGAGUUAAAGGAGAUAGAAGAUCAGAUCCUGUUUCGCUUGAGCUCUUCUGAGGGAAACCCUGUUGAUGACGAGGAACUGAUCCGAGUGCUGGCGGCCUCCAAAGUCAAAGCUGAAGAGAUUCAGGCUAAAGUAACAGUAGCCGAGGCGACUGAGAGGGACAUUGAUGCCACUCGUCUGGAGUACGUUCCUGUGGCUGUCCGAGCGCAGAUUCUCUUCUUCUGUGUGUCAGAUCUGUCAAUCGUGGACCCCAUGUAUCAGUAUUCUUUGGAGUGGUUUCUAGGAAUUUUCAUGGCUGGUAUCGCCAACUCGAAUAAAGCAGAGACAGUAAAGGAGCGCAUUACCAACAUUAAUGAGUUCUUCACCUUCAGCCUGUACUGUAACGUCUGCCGCAGCCUGUUUGAGAAACACAAGCUUAUGUUUGCCUUCCUCCUGUGUGCCCGAAUCCUGAUGAACGACAACAAGAUUGACAUGGCUGAGUGGCGUUACAUGUUAUCAGGUGGCCUUACCCAGAAACAGGCUCCAAACCCUGCACCAAACUGGCUGUCAAUAAGAGCUUGGCAGGACGUACUGGCACUGAGUGCCCUGCCCACCUUCAGCAAACUGGCAGAGAGUUUUACCGAACAUAAACUUAGUUUCAAGAGGAUAUUCGAUAGUAACCAACCACACAGGGAACCUCUUCCAGGUGAGUGGCACAACAUUUUAGACUCUUUCCAGAAGCUUCUGGUCCUGAAAUGUCUAAGAGCCGACACGCUCACUCACGGCCUGCAGGACUUUGUGGCAUCACAGCUUGGUCAGAGAUUCAUUGAGCCUCAGACGUCAGACCUGUCUGUGGUGUUUAAAGAGUCGUCUCCGUCCACCCCGCUCAUUUUCGUCCUGUCUCCUGGCACUGACCCCGCUGCUGACCUCUACAAGUUCGCAGAGGUCAUGAAGUUUUCAAAGAAACUGAAUGCCAUUUCUCUUGGCCAAGGCCAGGGCCCUGCUGCUGAGUCCAUGAUGCAGAAUGCUAUGGAGACAGGGAAAUGGGUCUUUUUUCAGAACUGCCACCUUGCUCCCAGCUGGAUGCCAUCUCUGGAGAGACUUAUCGAGAACAUCGAACCAAACAAAGUCCAUCAUGACUUUCGUCUCUGGCUGACUAGUUUGCCCAGUAAUAGGUUCCCAGUGUCCAUCCUGCAAAACGGCUCCAAGAUGACAAUAGAACCACCGCGAGGCAUUAAAGCCAAUCUACUGAAAACUUACGCCAGCCUUAAUGAUGAUUUCAUCACUUCUUGCUCGAAGACAGCGGAGUUUAAGGCUCUUCUCUUGUCCCUGUGCCUUUUCCACGGGAAUGCUAUUGAGCGCAGAAAGUUCGGCCCACUUGGAUUCAACAUUCCAUAUGAGUUUACAGAUGGGGAUCUGCAGAUCUGCAUCAGCCAACUGAAAAUGUUCCUGGAUGAAUAUCAGGACAUCCCAUACAAGGUUUUGAAGUAUACUGCGGGUGAAAUAAACUAUGGGGGCCGUGUGACGGACAACUGGGAUCGUCGUUGUAUUUCAAACAUCCUGGAGAAUUUCUACUCCCCCGAUGUCCUGAACCCAGAACACAUUUACUCUCCUUCUGGAGAAUACAGACAGAUCAACACUCAAAACAAUCUCAAGGGUUAUUUGUCACAUUUCCGUGGCUUACCAAUUAACGACUCGCCGGAGAUCUUCGGCCUCCAUGACAACGCCAACAUCAGCUUCGCACAAAAUGAGACCUUCGCUCUGCUGGGAACUUUAGUAAAACUCCAGCCUAGAGUAGCAGCAAGCGGAGGCAAAUCCAGAGAGGAGAUCAUAGAGGAGAUUGUGGAGGGUAUCGUGGAGAAGAUUCCUGGCCUUAUUAAUGUGCAGGAGGUCAUGGAGAAAUACCCAGUCAUGUAUGAAGAAUCUAUGAACACAGUGCUGGUCCAGGAGGUUAUAAGAUAUAAUAAGUUGUUAUCAGUGAUUUCUCAUAGUCUCAGUGAUCUGGUGAAGGCUUUGAAGGGUUUGGUGGUUAUGUCAUCUGAACUGGAGCUCAUGUCUAACAGUCUGUUCAUCAAUGCUGUUCCAGACUUAUGGAAGGCCAAGGCAUAUCCAUCCCUGAAGCCACUGGCGUCUUGGGUGUCGGAUCUGGUCCGGCGAAUUAGCUUUCUGCAGAACUGGAUCUCGGACGGCAUUCCUGUUGUGUUCUGGAUCAGCGGGUUCUUCUUCCCACAGGCUUUCCUCACAGGAACACUGCAGAACUUCGCCCGUGGCUGUAGGAUUUCUAUUGACACCAUUGCUUUUGACUUCAAGGUGAUGAAGCAGUCAGCAGCAGAGCUAACUAAGAGGCCAGACAUUGGCUGCUUCAUCCACGGUCUGUUUUUGGAGGGGGCACGUUGGAAUCCAGAUGAAGGCCAGCUGGCUGAGUCUCAGCCCAAAGAGCUCUACACCGAGAUGGCCGUUAUCUGGAUGGUCCCUGUCCCCAACCGCACAUCGCCGCUAUCUGGAAUCUACGUCUGCCCAAUCUACAAAACUCUCACUCGUGCUGGAACUCUUUCUACCACUGGGCACUCCACCAACUACGUUAUUGCAGUUGAGCUGCCCACAGAUCGUACCCAGGGGCACUGGAUCAAACGGGGUGUGGCUCUGAUCUGUGCUUUGGACUACUAGACUCACUCAUGCACACACAUUUGCAUCUAAAUUCACACGCACACACAAACAUUUUAUUGGCAUCUGUUUAAAAAAUGCUAAAGUUAAUAUGUACUUUCCCAUACGGAAAAUUAAACAUUUCAAGAUAAGCA